GUACACUAACAUUGUUCCACCAGAGACUCCGUAGAACAAACCUGCCACUCUGUUUAGGGACAAUUAUCGAGCUGCUCUCCCGCCGUAGCUCUGUUAACACAACUAUUACAAGAUUGUGCGAUGGUUUCCACUCAGAGAUGACCUGCAGCCUGCGCUUAUGAUCCACACACAAUCCCAUAUUUAGUAGGUCAAAUUUGAGGUUCCACACAGGGUGACCCAUGCUUUCUGAUGAGCUGGACUCCAAACCAGAGCUGCUGGUGCAGUUUGUACAGAACGCGUCCAUCCCCUUGGUGCAGGGUCUGGAGGACUCAGAGUCCAAACACUCCUGCCUGCCUCUGCUGGCUCCGGCUGAGAGCUCCCUGUGCAGCCCGCUGGAGCUCACUGAUGGAGGCCUGAGCCAUGAGCCUGAGAGUUCUCCCUCCCUGUCAGAGUUUGGAGGUGUGUCGGAGCGAAGCCCAUUACUGGUCCAGACACACUGUCAUCCACGGGCCUCACCCAGUCCCCCACCCAUACUCCAUGACCUACAACAGUCCGACAGCACUUCCUACGUCCUACUGAACCUUGCAAAAGGCAUCACAGCCUCUUCAGAGUCAUUGAUCUUUGCUGCAGAUGGCGCCGGGGAUGAUGACGACGAGGGGGUCUCAUCGGGGGACUACGGGAUAGAUGGCAGUGCUCCCUGGUAUCUGCGGGUACAGGAGCUGGCACAUGACAGCCUUAUUGCCGCUACGCGGGCACAGCUUGCAAGAGAUGCCAAGGCCAGCCAGGACGCCAGAGCUGCAAGUGUCAGUAAUGGUGACCACGCACACAGUUUGACAGCAGACGGGGACAAGCGAGAGCUGCCGCCUCGGACCAGCCGCCCCCUCUCCAAGCAGAUACUCCGCUGCUCGUUUGAGGGUUGCUGCAGGACGUUCACCUGGCCGGCUCAUCUCAAAUACCACCUCAAAACACACAGGAACGACCGAAUGUUCAGGUGCUGUGCAGAGGGCUGCGGUAAGAGCUUCUACGUGCUGCAGAGGCUGCAGGUUCACAUGAGGACCCACAACGGCGAGAAACCCUUCAUCUGCAAGGAGAAGAACUGUGGCAAGAAAUUUACCACCGCUGGAAACUUGAAGAACCACAGACGCAUACACACAGGAGAGAAGCCUUUUCUGUGUGAAGCAGAUGGUUGUGGGCGAUCCUUUGCAGAGUAUUCCAGUCUACGAAAACACAUGCUCGUACAUUCUGGUGAGAAGCCUCACCACUGUGGGAUCUGUGGGAAGACUUUCUCUCAGUCCGGCAGCAGAAACGUCCACAUGAGGAAGAGACACGGAGAGGAGGGGCUCAGUAGUGAAAGCAGAGAAACAGUUUGUUGUUUGCACCUGACAGGAGAGGCUCUAACACAAAGCAGCCUGCUGGAGGCAGACGGCGAAAACGGAGACGGUAUGGUCACCAUGACAACAACCGUGGAGCCCAUGAAUCUUCACCAUGCCAUGCUGAGAUCCCCAGGCUCUGCAGACUCGGUGGUGGUUCUCUCCCAGCCACAUGAAUUGGUGACCAUGACAACCGAAGGCCAUGCAUAUGGAGAAGAUGUGGUGGCGCUGCUGUAGUGUGCCAUCAUGAAAAAUGUCACACACUGCCUAUUUCAGCAGCACUAAACUGACAGUCGCAGUGGACUUAACAUAGACAUCUAUUUGUAAAUAAAUUAAUCACUGACUUUCACUGCUGUAGAUAUUUGUAAUUAGCAAUGGAUGAUGGUUUUAUUUUGACAAGUGUGAAAUGGCUAUGUUUGUACAAACAACCUUUUUUCCUCAAGUUUUUGAAAAUACUCCCAAAGAAAUACUGAGACGGGUUUAGAAGUUUAUGAAAAUAUAAUGACCAUGCAUUGUUAUGUGCAGUAUCAUUGUAAACAGUCUGAGGUUGAUUUGCAUUGAUGAUAUUAUAUAUAUAUAUAUAAAAUGACUCCAAGAUAUUUAAAAAAUUUCAAUAGCUGAUAUGAUUGACUGUCAAGUUGAAAUGUACCAGACACAUGUAAACCCCAUUAUUACUAAUAACAAAACACUUGACAUUAAAGACUGAAGUACAGUAUAUCGCAGUGCUGCAUGUAAACGCUGGUCUUGCACACCACAACAAGCCAGGCCACCCUCUUUAUCAGCCUGAGUAAAACAGAAACCUAUCUCCAACAAAUUGUGUACACAGUAAUGCCUAAAACUGCAUUAGCUCAGUGUGUUAUUGGUAACAUCUUUCACUCAAAUGUCAACCUCCAGUGCUCCACUUGUUCUCAGAGUAAGGCACACAUUGCUCAUUUACAGCUCAAUAUAUUAACACUUGAGAAUAAUUGCUUUUUAAAAGAAAUUAAGGAUUACUCAUGAGGUUAGUUCUGUCCUUAUGAGACAAACUGCAGAUGUCUGUGGACGUUAGAUAAGGCAGUGCACAUUACUCGUGUUUGUUAUUGAGCACUACCUAAAUCAGCAGUGUUUGUUUUUCCCUUCUCCUUAGUGGAUCUUCAGGUUGUGGAAGUAGUCCAACGUGGCGCCCAAAGCCCAGCUUGACUCCACGUUGUUCACUUUCUUGGUCAGCUGGGAGGGGGGGAAAAAAACCCAACACCAAAUCACUCAAAUGCCUUUUGUAUUUAUUGAAAUAAAAAAGUAACAGGUU